UCCGUUACCACAAUCUAAUUGCUAAACUUGAAGUGUUGAGAAAAAUGUACUAAUAAGCAUCUCCACCUGAACAGUAGAUUGAAUCUCUGGUUACAGUGCAUCUUGCAUUUCAUCCUGACUUAUAGUUAAUCUCACCAGCACCACGCCAUGACUAUUAUCCAGAAUUGGCUCUCAAUUUUGGUUCUUAUCGGGUGUGUGGCCAUUACCAGGGCAACAGACGGAGAAGAGGCCACCACACAUCCCGGAGAGUCUAUGCCAUGGUUGAAAGAGGACUCGGAGAAACCAGCUAAUUUUGCGAGUUAUAUUGUUGGAGGACAAGCUGCUGAACUCCAACUGCAAUGGGUCGCCUCUUUACAGAAUCGAAUAGAUGGGGAAUAUCAGCAUUGGUGUGGUGGCAGUCUCAUCGCCAAGGGAUGGAUUCUGACCGCUGCACACUGUAUAGAUAAAUUCAAUACCGUGUGUAUUGGAGGUCUCAAAUUGGCAAACAAUGCAGAGUUUCAUUGCGUCACCGUGAAGAAAAUAUAUCAACACGAACAAUAUGAUUCACUGUCUCUCGCGAACGACAUAAUGUUGGUCGAAUUCGAUUCCGACUAUUCCGGUGCGCCAGUCAAGCUCACAAGUGGAGAUUUGAAUGAAGACACGGAUGAUUCGGCAAAGAUUGUGGGCUGGGGCAAGACAGAAUCUCUUGAUGUUUCGUACGAGCUCAAAGAGUUGAGUGUAAAGGUUUAUCCUAACGAUGACUGCUCAGUUUGGGGUGGAGGAAUUCCAGAGGAGCUUCCGCAAUCCGUGAUGUGCACCGAAACACUAAGUGACGGAGAAGGCUUUUGCACAGGAGAUUCUGGUGGACCGCUAUUUGCAGAGGUAGAAGGCGAAACGCUUCUCAUCGGCGUUAUCAGCUUCGGUUCAACUACGUGUGUAGGACUGCCCAUGGUAUACACGCGCGUGGGCGAAUACCUUACCUGGAUUCAGGAGACCAUGGAAAAUUCAAAUCCCGAUUUGGAUGACAUUUCCUUACCUGCGUCAUGCGCAGAUGGGAGCUGCAUUGAGGUGAAAGACAGUGCAUUUGGCAGAACCGAGACUAUUUACAACUUCUCGUUGUCGAAAGGUGUAGAACUUCAGCAAGCAUUCUUCUUCCAAGGAGAUCUGCAAUCCGAUGUGAGCUUCUAUAUAGAGGGUAUCGAGCAGCGACUCGGGGCCAUAAACGGAAACCCCAGCGCUUUUAUGCCUUUGUCUGCGGGAUCUUGUUUCAUACCUGGUGACUACAGAGUGGUGAUUGAUCUUGGGAUUUGGAGGACGAACAAAUAUGAUCAGUACAGACUGCUUGUACCGAAGGACCUGAAUAGCCUACCAGAAUGCAAUCCGUUUCCAGAACUUGACCCUCUUCAAACGCUUAGCGCCCCCGAUAUUUGUUUGGAAACACCUGGCCGCUGUAUAGAGCUGGAGGGAGAAUUUGUCCGUGAAUGGACCCUUUUCUCAUAUCAGCAAUCUGAUUAUCGCCGGCUAAGCAUCUGGUUCCAAGGACCAACAUCGUACGAUAUGAACCUCCUCAAAGGUAUGCCAUCGAUUACGACCGAUACAUCAUCUCCGUGACAAGUGUUUAGUAUUUGCCUCUACCGCGUAAAUUUGAAAUACAUUCGUGCUUGGCUCUCCAGGUGGCAAUGUGGCACUCUACAAAGCCGGACUGGGGUCUGAAUGGGUCACUUUUGGCAGCGACUGCUGUCCACCUGGGAAGUACGAUAUUUCUUUGGAGAAAGCAGCUACGGCUAAAUUCGGAGGCAAAUACAGGAUAUUUAUAGAUAAUAUGUCGCCAAACUGUUUGAAUGAUGUAACCACAGUGGCAACUAGUCCAGUAGUCAGCGCCGACGCUUUAGCCAAGUUAAUGGAGCUUUUCGAAAUCGCGGCAGCAAUUGGAAAAAUUGCUGAUGACUCAAUUCAGCAAACAACAGGGGAAGAUGCUGACCUAGCAUUACCAUCAAGCACAGAAUCCAGUACGGCGGAGGACUCGAAUCCAAACAUAGACAGCUUCGAUAGAAGCACAGAAGCUGACCAACUCGAGAGUAAUUCAGGAGCGCCCAACCUGAAUAUUGAUCGACAAGCCUUUUCCAUUUUAAUCGUUGCGAUUUUUUUGCAAUUUGCACUUGCAUUGUAGGUAUUACAGUAAAAACCCUAAGUGUAAGGCAUAUACGUGGAUACAAUUGUCAGAUGAAGAUUGAAAAUUAAAAUUAAGUGAUGUUUACC